AAAAACUUGAAUGAUGUUGGGCUUGUCUUCCUUUGUGAAUAUAUUUAUAUUAAUAUUAUUAAGUAAUUUAUCAAGUUCUUAUUGAAGUUAGAGGAAAAAAACACUUAAAACUCAAGAUCGCAGAUAGUAUAACCCAUUAUUACUUAUGAUUUGAUGCGUAGAUGUGUCAAAACUGAAGUGAUAAAAGAUUGAUACAUACAAAUGAAAAAAAAUCUAAAAGUAAUGAACAGUAAAAAACAGUAUAUAAUUAGGUCGAUAUAAUUAUAGGAUGAUGACAUCAGCAAUGAAAUUCCAAGGCAAUAUUGUAUUUGACUAUUUAAAGGGCAUAGGUUCACCUUAUCCUAAUGAAAAACGAAAAUAUGAGUUUGAAUCAGCUAUUGUUGAAAAAUCAAGCGUAGCUCCUCUCAACAGAAUGCAACUUGAAGCAAAAAAAAUAAAUAUCAUCCAACAAGUCAUACAAAAAUAAUAUGAGAACAAACUUACACCGUGGAAGGGCUAGAAUGAUUAAUUUUAGGGAUUUGAUGAGCGCGCUGCACAAGCUCCUUGACUAGGAGUGACAUGUCUUCUUUGAAAAGGCAGCAUUAAAAAGUCUGGUCUUCCUACAAGCUCUUCCCAGCUCAUGCAACCAUCGAACCUCAGAUAAACCUUGGUGCCUUAUUAAUCCAGGGAUUAUACAUGUAAACUGUAUGGUGUGACAUUUUAAUUGCUCUCAGGCUUAGCUUGUUUAUUCUCACAGCUCAAUACUCAUAACUGUACAACAUAGGGACAAGUGUUUGUUUCAGAAACAGUAAAUACACAUUGUCCGGUUGUAUUUCAAAUUAGUAAAUGCAAUCUAAAAUUGGAAUAAAAAAAAUUCUAAGAAAUUUGCAAUAACUGUGUGUGCAAACAAAAUUUAACUGAAGAAGUUGAUCAAAAUUUUAUAUAUUAAUUGUCAGGGAUAUAGAUGUUCUACCACUAAUGUAACACAGAUUCUGUGGCUUCAAUCUAGGAAUUUUUCCUUUGAGAAUUAAUGGACAUAUGUUUCCUGGGAAUGUUUUACAAGACUUUAAUGUUUUUCUUCCACUGGAGUGCUGAUGAAAAACCAUUUGAAGUACUGUUGUGGAUGUGAAGUGUUGACGGAUAAGGACAUGUCUGUUAUUGCUUCUUCGGGAAUAUCCCUGAUAAAUGACUACUGAUAGCCUCUUCACACGCUAGAUGACCAUGAGAGGAAAUCUUGGCAGGAAACAAGAGGAAUUUAGCUGAAUUUACAGAUUGUUCUGCUUUUAAGUGUGAUCUUGCGUGCAAGAGACCUUUGUUAAUACACCAGAGACUGCAGAGCAAAUAGACGAUGGAGAGUGAGGAUUACACUGACUCUGACAACACUGCAGUGACCGAUGAGCAGGCGGCGCAGCAGCAUAUGAUCCACGCCCUGCUGCAGGCCGUCAUUGUGGGCGUUAUUGGCUUCGUGAGCGUCACAGGGAACCUUAUCGCCCUGGGAACCUUGAUCCACAACAGAAAGGUGCUGCGAACUCCAAUCUAUAUUGUGAUUGGUGGCCUUGCCUUGGCUGACAUUGUUGUGUCAGUUAUGAAUGUUCCAGAGGAAAUCAUAAACAAAGCCGAGAAAGGUGACAUCAAGUCUCCUGUGUGGUGCAAAGUUUAUGGACUGUUGUUUAAUUCUUGUCAGUAUAUUGCAGCAUUUCAUCUUGUUGUAUUAUCAGUUUUUCGUGGUAUUUUACUCACAGACAGAGCUCAUCAUGGCCCUACAGCGAAGAUCACUGUUGGAACGUGUUUCAUCCUGUGGGCAAUUUCGUUACUGGCUAACAUACCCAUGGUGCAUUUAUUUUCAUUAAUGAAGCAAUCUAACACAUGUACAGUUAUUUUUGGAAAUAAUGAUGAAAAAUCUCCUUACACCAAACCAGAUGAAGUGAUUCGAUCGGAAGAACUGUAUCUUCUGUUGUCUGCAGCAUUCUCCUUCUUCUUGCCCCUUGUGUUGAUCUUUGUCAUAUACUUAGUGACUGGUUAUAUGAGCCAAAGAUACUUCGAAGACAGCUACUCGAGGCGAGAAAGGCGUCUUUCUAAAAUGAUAACAUACCUCAUUGUAGUGUUUGCAAUGUGUCACUUGCCCUCUGAAAUGGUUGAAAUCUUGUUACAUUACCAGCUAAAGAACACUGACUUUCAAGUAGCACUAUACAAAGACCGCACAAAAUUCCAAGUUUGGAACCAUGUAAACCAAUACCUGUCAAUUUUAGCCAUGUUAGAUAUGGCUCUGAGGCCAGUUAUUUAUGCUACUAUGUCACGAGAGUUUGGCGCUGUAUAUGACAGCAUUAUAAACUGUACUGCGUGUAAGAAAGAUGAUGACGAAAUGAUGCCACCCCAACUGCGGCGUCGGCAGCAGGAGAUCGAGGAAGUGGUCACAUCACCUAACUCGCCACUGCACCUGGACUCAGAGCCGUCACCACUGACACCCCUCAAACAUGAUAUGGAGAAGUCCGCCCUGGAAGAGGAGGAGGUGGACUCAUCGGCUGAUUUCCUACUGAGGAAGCAACCCAACAUGCAGGAGUACAUUAUUGACACUGAGAUCAUUGAACAAAUGGAACCUGAACACAAGUUCUAAAGUUCACUUACAUGUUGUUAUGGUGUACAUAUUUGGACAAGUUAUCUUUUUACGCAUUGCUACCACAUCUUGUCUUCAUGUUUUGAUAUGAUGAUUUUUUUCUCUUUAAAAAUGUUGAAUUGCCUGCUGCUAUUUUUAGAAUAUAACCUAUAAUUUUGUGCUUUAAAAUGGAUAAUUUUCAUUCAGCAAGAACAAUCUUGAGUUGUUUUUAAUAUUUAAGUUAGUCGACUAAACUUUAUAGACAAGCCCACAGCUUAUUAACUAGAUGUUUUCUAGACAAAUAGAUGUUGGUACAUUUUUAUCUUGUCUAUUUUCAUAGAGAAUAAUGUUUACCAUAGGUAAUUUGAUAUCCUUGGUGUAAUUGUCAUCAUGCAAAAUCCUAGUCUUGGCAAUAUCUAAAAAACUAUUUCAGGGUAUUUAAAUGAAAUGUUGCCAUUGACAAUACGAACAUGUAUAGAAAGUCCAAUAACUUUACUUCAAUAAUUGUUGAAUGAUGCCCCUUUCUGCCACCUCUUAAUUUUUUUUUAAAUAUUCUACUGAAACUUGAGGCGAGUAUUGACAUUUUUACAUGUUCAACCAUGUUGCCAGUAGUCUCCUAUAUCUGCUGAAAUGUGACAUGCCGCUAUCAUGUGCAUUAAACGGACGUCUUACAAUUUACUUUAUAUGGCAAUGUCUGACAGGUUUCCUUACAUUUAGGGCUUCACUCAGGCUGGUUUGAUAUAUUUUCAGUUAUAAACCAGAACGUAAGGUAUCUGUAACUGAAUCAUUAAACAUAAAUGCCUAAAACUAUUUUAGAUAAAAAAUGUAGAUUUUUAUGAUUGUAUUGAUACACUUGUUGUUGUUGUUGUGUAAUAUGUACAUGUGUAGUUUAGUUACAUUUACGUGAAAUUGCCUGUAAAUAUGCAACCUGUUUAAGCUGUUUUUCAAGAAAAAAGUUGAAAUACUGUCAUAGCUUUGGUAUUGUCGUCAAAUCGUUAACAAGAUGCGUAUAUGAAACCUGGUUCUCCUGUGAAAAUAGGCACGUGUAGCAAGGGCAAUCACUCUGGCUUAUUGAUGCCUGGAUUUAUAAUGUCCCUUGAUCCUCAGGCUGUAAUAUCUCGAAACAUCAUAAGUUCCUUACAACAGGAUCAACCUUAUCUUGGUAAAGAUUGCGAAUUAUUCUAAAUCAGAAAAAUUCUGAGACUUUCAAGGAAUUAUGUUACGAUUUACACUUAAAACUAUUGUUUAUUUUGUAAAAUCAAGUUUAAAGUAAGUAAAUUGGCUAAGGGAGGAAGAUACUUUAACUUAUGUUAAGCUUGUUAUGCUUAAGAUGUUUUAAGAAAUUUUGGCCUCAGAAAAAUGGAUGAGCAAUUGCAUGAGCUUGUGUUUCCCUUGUUAUUUCAGGUUUGUGGUAUUUCUUCGAUGAUAUUAGGAAACCCAUGCUGCUGUUGCUCAAUUAUGUCAGUAUUGACCCUCAUGGACAUUGCUGUUUUAUUUUCAUUAAUCAUAACUGUGUGGCCUAAAUAAUGGAAUAUUGGUACAUUUAAAUUAUUAGUUUAAAAACCUCAGUGCUGUCAGUGAUGUAACAGCUGUACUUGAGACAUUAUAUUGUUAGGUGAUGUAAGGUAUGUUUCUGUUGCACUUGUUUUGUUUCACAUUGAGAUUUUUAUUUUCUGUUUCAAGAUUAUUGUGUUAAUGAUUUAGUAUUUUACAGCAUUAUUUUUGCCUAUAUGUACAUGUUAUUUUGUUUAUAUACCAUUUUGUUUGAAGGCUCAUUCUUGUCUUUUGUAUAUAAUUUCAAGCAAUUUUCUUAUUAUUUUGUAUCAAUGUUACCAUACCUGAAAUUUAUUUUAAACCAGAUUAUGAGAUAUGCCAUAAAAUUCAAAGAUUUGGUUUGGCUUUCAUAAUCAACUACAGCAUUAACUUUUACCCAACAUAAUGUUUUAACAUUCAUCUAUUUGUUCCCACAUGAAGCUAGAGAAUUCAUUCCUUUCAAAAAUCAUACCCUUAAUAAUCCGUAUUUGGAUCUGAGGUUCAAGCCUAGGAGUUCAUCUUCUGGUGACCUUGCCAUCAGCCAAUCAGAGGCUUCACUUUGUUUUAAGUCAGAUUGAAAAUUGAAAUAAUCAGAUAUUCAGCUGGGAAUUCCAAAAAAGUUAUUAUUAUGAAUUAUAUUUCUAGAAGCAAACUUUUCUACAGUAAUUUGUGUAAAAGACAGUUAAACUCUUGACUAUAAAUUAGAAUCUUGUAGGUUCAAGUCUAAAACAGGAACUAUUUUUGUGAUUUAUUUCUAACUUUUAAGUAUCUGUAAACAAACAAAAAAUGUCAAAAAAUAUGCGCUGUUUAAAAUGUGUUGUGCUUAUGCCACUAUGGUCCUUUUUAAAGGUUUUACUAAAAGAUGUAACAGUAACUUCAAUGUUUUCAUUUCUGGAAAUCGGGAUCAUUUAGAGCACACAUAUCAAUAGGUGUCAUCAGAACUUCACUCAAGCAAAAUCGAGUACACUAGUCGGAUGGGUCUUGUAUGAUUGUAAUACUUACAGAGCAAAAUUUCACAUUUUAACAUUUGCCCAUCCUUGAACUACCACUUUGUUUUGGGAAUCACAUGUUUUUCAUAUUUUCAAAACAGACAUUAAAGAAGAUGUUGUGUUGCGUGCAAGAUCCAUGACUAUAGGUCAAAGAUCAAGGUCACACUCCAAGGGUCAUUGGUGAAAAUCCCUCGUUUUUUUUUGCUAAAAUGUCUGGGCUAUAACCUGGCCAUGCAUCAGGGGAUUUUAAAAUAACUUUGCACAAAUGUUAAUCAUGAGAUGGUGAUGUGCCACUUGCAAGACUCUUGUUGGUAGGUCAAAGGUCAAGGUCAUGCUCAUUUGUCAGAUAUUCAAUUAUUUGUUUGGCUUGUCAAACACUGAUCACUGUCAUGUACAGCCAUUAAGUUUCCAACAAUUACAUUCAAGAUCUUAGAGCUGUCUUUCUCAGAACUGUUCUGUUUGUGACCUUGGCUCAUAGUCAUUGACAUUGUUCGCGUUUUGCCGACAAACAUUAAGUUGUUUUAAAUCUAUUCACAAUAGGCUUUUUUAGCUUAUCUUUUUUGAAUAAUUGUUAUAGCAUCGCAUAGCAAAAACUUCACCUUGGCCAUAACGCAAAUAUUCAUGCGAAAUUCGGUACACAUUUUGUCAGAGACAAGGCAAGGCCUAUAAGUUCUUUUAUUUUUGCUUUUAUAAUUAACACCAGACAAGAAUUGGUGUUUUCUCUGCAGAUUGUCCUAGUUGUUUGGACAUGUGCUUUGCCAUGGGGAAAUAACUUUAUAUUCCCUUUUUAGCUCUACUGGCCAAAGGCCAGAAGAGCUUAUGCGAUGGUAAUGUGUAUGUAGUAUGUGCAUCCGUGCGGUCGUGCGUCUGUAAACAAUUGGUUGUGAACACGAUACAGUCUUCAGUUUUGAUUGUAUCUCGAUGAAACUUGUACAGUAUCUUGAUAUCCAUUAGAGCUCGGUUCCUUUCGAAAAUGGGCCAUGAAAGUUUUAAAGAAAUGCUUUCUAUUUUUAGCCAGGUCUGCAUGAGCGAAUUCUAUUUUUAGCCAAGUUUACAUGUACAUGUAAAUUCAAGUCUAGAGUUAAGGGAGACAAUUUGCAAGUCUAGGAUUUUAAGAGACAAUUUGCUUUUUGCUUCUGCAGUUGAUUUUGUGAAUUACUCUGCCUUGUUCUUGUUGAAAGCCCAAAGGCCAUUUUUUAGCUUUAAGUUCUGUAGUUUGCACAUUCAUCUUAACAAAAUUGGUUGUGAAUGUUUAAGUUAUGCACCUGGUGUCAUUACUGGCCACACCCAGGGUUCACAGGUUUGGUAAACAUAAAUCUGGAAAGGUUUGAAAAUCUUUUUGUGUGUUCGUGCAUCCACCUCAGCACAAUUGAUUGUGAAUGUUUAUUCAAAUUGAUCAAUGUUGUCCUAGGAUGCCCUUGACUUUGACCUUUUGACCAACUUUUUUUAACUUUUAAAACUACAGAAAUUUUUACUAUGAGUACAGUUUUGAAAGCAUUUUUUUUUUGUCAGAUGACUUUUACUUGGCACAUAUUAAAAAAGUUCAUGCAACUAAUCUGCUUACAAUACUUUCUGGGCUCAGAUGUUGAACGUGCUACGUUUUCAGGUAACCCAAACACAAAACAUAAACUAUAUGUCUGUUGCCUUUUACCCAUACAUACAUGCUGUAGAUUGAUAUGACCACAAAAGCCAUGCCAGUAGAGCAUAGGCCCUUUUGGGCCUCUUGUUUACAAAGAGUUAUGAUAGUAAAUAAAAAUGCAUACAUUUGAAUAUACUGUUACAUUUGUUUAAGGUUGAUGACAGGUAUUUUAUUCGUCAAUUAUGAUGGUGCUUUAUUCCUAAUUAUGAUGUAUGUUUAAUAGAAAUUAUUGUUUAUUGUAGAUUUUUAUGAAAUGUAUUAAAUGAUGUGUUUUACCAGUUGUAAUCACCAAAUCUUUUCAAUGUUUACUGUACAAUGUUUAUGGUACAUCUCAAACCUGAUGUUACAAGUUGUAAAUAGUAUUAUUUUUGUUGGUACAAUAUAUAUAUAUAUUGUUUCAUGACCAUUUAGAAUCAUUCAGUUGGAAAGGUCAGUGAGAAGACAUUAUAACUUGCAUCUGAUGAUCUGUUCAAAUAUUAAAUACAAAUAAGCUGUGUC